CGCAAGAUGUUAACUUGGCCACGAUACCGUUAUGCCAAACGCUUCAUCAGGAUCCUGGAGGGAAGGAAGGUAAACUGGAUCUGAGAGACGCCCCACUUAAACAGCUCAGUGUUGAGAUGCAGUGUCUUGGAUGUACAGAGAAAAGUUUGCAGAGUCGUCCACAGUGUCAGGGGCCAAAUGAGUUAGAUAUGUCCGACUGCGUGCGUUAAAAGGAGGAGAGAAAUACUCUACCACACUGGAAUGGUUUGCGUAAAAUGCGCAAAACACGGAACUUCAGAGCGGAAUUAUGGAUCAUUUAUCCAAACAAAAUGUGUUUGUAGCAGUCUACAACUAACGUUACCCCUCUGAAGACAGAUGGAAGUUGACUACUGCGUCGAAAACCGACUACAUUCAUGUCCGAGGGAUUUUGUUAAACCAAUGAGUUUGGUCAUGGAUGAUCAUGGAUCCCAGCCUCAUCCACGGAGCUCUGGUCUGAGGGUGUCGACCAAAAGCAAAGCACCAUCCCCGCCAGGACUAAAGAAGCUGGAUUCUCCAGGUUUCUCCCAGUGGUACCCAGGAAACCCUCAUUUAACCAUGGACCAGAAGGAAAACCUUAUUGAUAAAGACCUCUCGCUGGUUGUGGUUCUGCCUGGCGGAGAAGAAAAGAUGACCACAGUCCAUGGAAGCAAACCCCUAAUGGAUCUGUUAGUGACGCUUUGUGCAACGUAUCACCUGAAUCCAUCGAGCCACACCCUAGAACUGGUAACCACUAACAAGAAGAACACCAAACUCAAGCCCAAUGCUCUCAUAGGAACUUUGGAUGCAGAGAAGAUCAUACUUAAGCCGAAAGGGGAGGAUAAAAAUAAGAAGACAGGUCCUCAGAUGCCUGAGGCAACUGUUCGGAUGGUGAUAAACUACAAAAAGACCCAGAAAACUAUACUCCGAGUCAAUCCUCGAGUUCCCCUGGCUGAACACUUACCAGCCAUCUGUGAGAAAUGUGAAUUUGACAUAGAGACUACAGUUCUGUUGAGAGAUGUCCAGUCACUGGCCCCUUUGAACUUGUCCAACUCUCUUAAUGAUUAUGCAAUAAGGGAGGUUUAUGCAAGAGACACAAAAGGACGAACUGCUUCUCCUGUGUGUCCCGCCUCACCAACUCAUGCAGGAACAGUCAUGCCAGGAAAAGACAAAACUCAGAAAGAGGAAGAAAACAAAGGCCUCUUCAGCAAGUUUAGAAAAAGCAAAAAAAAAUCUGACCAGGCAACGACGGCCAGUGCCCCAGCUUCUCCUGUGCUUGUGAGCAAGCCUCGACCACUCAGCAUGGCCUUACCUAGCUCAAAUUCGUCUCCGCUCAGCUCCCCUACCAUACCCACCGAUGCACCAAAGAAGAGACGUGCACCCCAACCCCCAAUCCUUGUGUCUCAGAGCUGCCCCACGGACCUCAGCGAACGCCGGAGACUAAACUCUGAACCUAACACCCAACUGGACAGUGACCAGAUGGUUGGUUUAAGUCGUGGGUCCUCAGCAGAGUCUUCACUGAAGAGAACCAAACGCAAAGCUCCUCCACCCCCCACAACCCCUAGUGCCCCUGUCCAAGAAACGGUUCCCCUGGAUGAAAAUUUGCAAGGGGGUGCAGUUACUAACACACUGGAGGAGAUUAUGGAGCAAGAGGAGACCACUGCCUCUCUAAUGUCUGCAACCGCUAGUGAUACCCAGGGAGAGGACAGCAGCCUCAACAUGUCUGCUGAUGUUUCACUGCAUUCCCCAUCCCCAGACACUGAUGUGCUGAGCACAAUGUCUGUUGAGUGCAAUGGGGAAGAUCAUUCUCAUGAUCUGUCCUCAGAUGGCAAUCAACUGCAGAGCACAGUGAACGAUUCUGCAACUCUGACUGAUGUCUGGACGACUGAUGGCACAGACCAGUCUGAGAUGGCAGAUACUAACGGUGGUCCAUGUCAAGCUGAAAAUGUAAGCCAACAGCCCAUGUGUGAAGAGUCUACACCUGAGAGUGUUGAAGGUGAUUGCAGUACUGUACCCAGCAGCCUCCCUCUGCCUGUGAUGCAGGAUGCAGAAGCACAGGCCUCUGUUCAGUCAAACACUGAAACCCUCUGGGAGCAAACUGACAGAUUGGAGAGCCCAGUGGCCACCAGCCCCUCACACCCCACUGGGGAGGAUGCUCAAGUGCAAACAGAUUUCACACCAUUACCUGUGCCUCCAGAGCAGCACAUGGACAUAGAAGUUCCUUCCACAGUUAAUGCGCCCGCCUUUGAAUCAGCGGGUAAGAUAGAUAUGGCCACUCUGACGGAGGAACUGGACACGCCUGACCUCAAGCAUGCCUUAUCCCACACCUCAGAGACCUCAUCAUGCCAAGACUCAACACCAAGUGCCCCUGCCACAACAAAGGCAUCAUCUAUUUAUGCUACAAACUCUGAGCCAAAGCCCAAGCCUUCCAAUGAGCUGACAAGGGACUACAUCCCCAAGGUGGGGAUGACAACGUAUACUAUCGUGCCUCAGAAAUCCCUGGAGAAACUUAGAUAUUUUGAAGUUGCACUGACACUGGAGACGCCUCUUGCAGCUCCAGAAGAGGGACUUAAUGUUGGUUCUCUUCAGCUGGUGGAGAGCACAGUACCAAAGGAACAGACAGAGGUGUCAAAGGAAAAAAGUGAGCUGCACUCUACUACACCCAGGGAAGACUUACUGACUAGCACUACUACUACUACUACUACCCAAGACACUGUUAAUGGAACUAUACCUGAAUCUAUUCAAUCCUCAUCACCAACAAGUUCGCCUAAAGCAGAUGACAGGAUCUCAUCCUCGGCUGAUGGGGCAUCUCAAGCAGGUUCACCAGCUGAGGUCAAGGAGAUGAAAAUUCCACCCGCAACUAAACCUAAGCCUGGUUCUUUCCGCUUGGCACAGCACAAAAAAAAACCUGGGUAUUAUGUAACUUCAGCAGCAGAAAAGAGCCUCAGUGCCACUACUGGCUCUAGCCAGAGGGAAGCUCAAGGAAGUGCAGACAGAGCACAGUUACCACCCCCUCCUCUUCCUCCUCCCAUGCAGUGUAAAGAGGAGACGACAGGGGCCACUAAUGUUGAGCUGAGCCCUAAAGGGGAUGACAAGAAUGUAGCCAUCAUGCGAAUGACUAGGCAAAGUAGUUUGCCAUGUAGAGAGCCAAGCUCAGGGUUAAGCUUGGAAAAAUUAAGGAGCUUUGCAGCCCCUAGGCCCUAUUCUCCUGCCACCCCAUCCCGCUUCGCCCAGGCAGUGUCCUCUGCUGUGAAAAGAAGCCAGUCCUUAUCCCACAGGCCAAAGUCGCCUCAUUCGCCUGUUUCACCACUCCUCUCCCCAACUGCAAGUCACUCAUCAGUCAUAGAGUCGAAAGGAUUAUCUAAGAUCAAGGACGGUCAGAAUAAAGAGAUGGAUAGCGACGAAGGCUCCACUCUGCAGCGAGUAGAGGAUGAACCACAAUCUUUUAGUGCGACUGUUCAAAUGGAAGGAGAGAGCAGUCCAUAGCACUGCCUUAAUUCUUCUGACAAUAUGUCAUCUACUGAGGAGCUUAUCCUGUCUACUUUGAGUUCUCUAGAACCCGUUAUCCCAGGACACAGAAGCAGAAACUGUCUUUUGUUUUACCUCUUUUGGUAGUCUCCAACAGUGUACAUAAAAUGAUGUAUUUUGAUAAUUAAUAAUUGCUGUAUUUUGGUUUAUUUUCUCAAUUGUCAUUAAGUAAUCUUCCCAGCUGACCUGCAUAUCUUAAUGCUUCUCUUUUAUUUCGUGUGAUGACUAUCUUCUUGCAUUUAAUGCAUUACUGUUGUGAGUGAACAAGAACAUUAAAUGAGAACAAUUAUAUAAAUUAUUAGACUGAUUUCCACAGUUGUAAUAUUAUUGGGUUUAUGAAUAAUACUGGAUGUGUAGGACAGACCAGGUCUGACCUAUGGUACUUAAAUGCCCCUUAGAUUAUAUAUCAAAUCUAUAUUUAAGUAUUACAGAGUUUUGAUUAAGCUGUAUGCAGAAAUACACUGAUGUGCGCAGUACACCUGUCAUUGUCAAGCAGUGUUGUUAUGAAUAAAGCUUCUAUCAUUUCA